AUGGCUACCGCGACAGUCGAAUUAUCUUACCUCUCUUCGCAUUAUUCGAUCCCGGAGUCGACCCUCUCUACCCUCACGCAAGCUCCUACGGUCGAACUGGUCAAUCAAUUGCUGGAGUCCAUUACCAAGAAAGCUCAUCAAUUUGAUGAGCUUAACUCCGACAAGCUUCGCUUGGAAGUAGAGCUCGAGAAUGCCGUAAGGAGCACCGACUCUAAGAUCAAGGUCCUGAAAAACUCGGUCGAGAAGGGCCAUGCGGAGGUCGAGGAAACCAGAAAGAAGCUGCAUGAAUCAGAAAACUCCCGAUCAUCCUUGGAAUCCGAAAUCGCUACGCUCAAGUCGUCCUCUACGUCUAAUGAAUCCGAAGCUAGCAGUCUAAAAUCUCGAAUCUCCUCGCUCGAAGCCUCGAACCGAGACACACUCUCCCUUCUUGAGUCUAAGACUGCCGCCUACGACAAGCUGGCCGAAGAGCUUUCGACGCAACACAAGAAGACCAUCGAACUGAGACGGGAACUCUCAACUGCUGAGCAGAACCUCCAGUCCGCCAACUCAUCCUCGGCCAGCGCUCGCUUCCGUGAACAGAGCCUUCAGCAAGAGCUGGAGCUGACAAAGAAAAACAAUGAGUGGUUCGAGACGGAGUUGAAGACGAAAUCUGCCGAGUACCUCAAGUUCCGCAAAGAAAAGAGUGCCCGGAUCUCGGAGCUUCAACGUGAAAAUGAGGAGGCAAAUGCGAACAUCGACUCUAUGAGACGCAGCGAGAACAACCUUAAGAGCCGUCUGGACGAGGUUGAGCAACGCUACGAAGAGUCGCUUUCGAGCAUUCAACAAUUGAAAGAGGAGGCAAUUCAAGCCGCCGAAUCCUUCCGCAUUGAGUUGGAUAGCGCGAACCGACUGGCUGAGCUUCAAGGAAGCUCCGCCGAAACAGCUAAACAACGCGUGCAAGAAUGCCAGUUGGCUUUAGAGAAGGCGAAAGAUGAUGCUGCGGAAGAGAUCUCACGCCUCCGCGUCGAGAUCGAAACCGAACAUUCUGACAAGGAAGCCGCUGAACGUCGUGUUGCGGAGCUUGAGAUGACACUUAGUCAACUCGAAUCCGAAGGACCUGUUAGCAGGAGAUCCAUGAGCCCGGCCCCUCGUGGUCUCAACGGGGGGCCCAGCACGCCCGUUCGCUCCGGAACGCCCGUUGGAGCUUUCUCGCCCAGAACCUCGCGGACGAAGGGCGGUCUUACGCUCACCCAGAUGUACACUGAAUACGACAAGAUGCGGACCCUGCUUGCAGCGGAGCAGAAGACCAGUCAAGAACUCAGAUCCACCUUGGACGAGAUGGUCCAGGAUCUCGAAUCGAGCAAGCCCGAGAUCGAUGAAUUGCGAACCGAUCACACGCGACUCGAGAAUGCCGUCGUUGAAAUGUCGAAUAUUUUGGAAUCUGCUGGAAAGGAAAGGGACGAUGCGACUAAGGAGGCACGGAAGUGGCAGGGCCAGGUUGAAGGAUUGGCUCGCGAGGGUGAUAUUCUGCGCCAGCAGCUGAGAGACCUAAGUUCCCAGGUCAAGGUUCUGGUCCUGGAGGUGGCCUUUAUGAAGGAGGGCGAGGUCUAUGACCGUGAGGAACUCGAAAAGAUUGCCCGCAACGAGAUCGACGAGUCGACUGCCGAGCUUAGCCCAACAGGACGCUUUAUCAGCCGAAACUUGACAACAUUCAAGGAUCUUUACGACCUUCAAGAGCAGAACGUCACUCUCAGACGCAUGCUCCGGGAGCUUGGUGACAAGAUGGAAGGUGCCGAAGCCCGCGAACAGGAUGCUGUUCGCCAGCAAGAGCAGGAGGAAUUGAAGGAAUUGAGAAUUAGAGUGCAAACCUACCGCGAUGAAAUCGCCAACCUCGUUGCUCAGACCAAGAGCUACGUGAAAGAACGUGAUACCUUCCGGAGCAUGCUUACUCGGAGGCGCCAGACCGUCGGCGACUACUCGUCCGCAUUCUCCCAGUCGCUUCCUCUUGGUGCUGUGCCCCCAGGCGGCGAGGAUCAAUCCGGACCCGACUAUGCCGAAUUGUUGAGAAAGGUGCAAGCGCACUUUGACAAUUUCCGCGAGGAAAGCGCUACGGAUCACAGUGCUCUUAGACAGCAAGUCAACGAGCUGUCAAGGAAGAACAGUGAACUGAUGAGCGAAAUCAGCCGCUCGAGCAGUCAGCUUGCUGCCGCAUCCCAGCGAGCGGAGCUUCUCCAGAGCAACUUCAACAUGCUUAAGAGUGAAAAUUCUGAGCUCCAGAAACGUUACGGUACUCUUUUUGAAAAUGCCAACCGCCAAGACCUCAGGACUCAGCAAGCGGCUGAAGACCUGGUCGAGGCCAAGGGUCUUGUUGACAGCCUCCAACGGGAAAGUGCAAAUCUGAAGGCCGAGAAGGAAUUGUGGAAGAGCAUUGAGAGGAGGCUUAUUGAGGACAACGAAACUUUGCGCAACGAGCGCAGCCGUCUCGAUGGACUCAACGCGAACCUGCAGACUAUGAUGAACGAACGAGACCACACUGACUCCGAGAACCGCCGUCGCCUCCAGCUAAGUGUUGAGACCCUUGAGUCCGAGCUUCAAUCCACGAAGCGGAAGUUGAACGACGAGGUUGAGGAAUCAAAGAAGGCGGGGCUCCGCAGGGAGUACGAGCAUGAGCAGAGCCAGAAGCGAAUCGAUGACUUGGUGACGAGCCUGAGUUCCGUUCGCGAGGAAUUGGUCGCCACCAAGACGACAAGAGACCAUCUGCAGGCCCGUGUCGAUGAGUUAACUGUCGAGCACCGGAGUGCCGAAGAACGUCUCCAGGUCUUGCAGUCUAAGAAGCCUAGCAUCUCCGCUGCUGCACCAGCUGAGGUCCCUGCAGCUCCCGAACCAGGCGCGCUGGACUCCGACUUGACGCGCGAACAGGAACUGGGAAUUCAAGUGGCUGAACUCAAACGUGACUUGGACCUGGCUAGGGGAGAACUCGAACACGCCAAGGAGCAGGUUGAAGACUACAAGGCGAUCAGCCAGUCGACCGAAGAACGCUUGCAGUCCGUCACCGAAACGGACGAGCAAUACCGCGAGGAGACUGAGAAUCACCUCAAGGAGAAGGAUGAGAAGAUUCGAGACCUUGAGAAGCGGAUCGAAGAGAUUAGCACUGAGCUUUCCACAACUAACUCUGAACUUUCUAAGCUCCGCGAUGAACAGGGCGAUGCUUCCCGUCGCUUGGAGGAGCAGAAAACCCACUUCGAAACAGAGAUUACGCGACUGAAGGACGAAAAUGAACGCCAAGUUGCUGCCGCGCAGUUCCACCAAGAAGACCUCAAGGCCCAGGCCGAGAUCUCUCAGCAUGCCCAGCAAAACUACGAAAGCGAAUUGGUCAAGCACGCUGAGGCUGCGAAAAACCUACAGAUCGUUCGUUCCGAAGCCAGCCAAUUGAAGCUCGAGGUGGUCGAAAUGAGAACUCAGUCCGAGACAUACAAGAAGGAUCUCUCCCAGAAGGAGCAGAGUUGGAAUGAGAUCAAGGAUAGAUAUGAAAGCGAGAUCACUGAGCUGCAGAAGCGCCGCGAAGAAGUCCUACACCAGAACUCAUUGCUCCACAACCAACUCGAGAAUAUCACCAACCAAAUUUCCGCUUUGCAGCGUGACCGCGCCAACAUUCCGGAGGGCGAGGAUGAUCAGGAUGCUGCCCCGAACCUUGAGGGUCUUCAGGAAGUUAUCAAGUUCUUGCGUCGGGAGAAGGAGAUUGUCGAUGUACAAUACCAUCUGUCUACGCAGGAGAGCAAGCGCUUGCGUCAGCAGCUCGACUACACUCAGUCGCAACUUGACGAGACACGUCUCAAGCUCGAACAGCAACGCCGUGCUGCCACUGACAGUGAGCAUACUGCUCUGAGCCACAACAAGCUCAUGGAAACCCUCAACGAACUGAACCUCUUUCGCGAGAGUAGUGUCACCCUACGCAACCAAGUCAAGCAGGCUGAAUCCUCCUUGCAAGAGAAGUCUGCUCGUGUCGAUGAACUAGUACAGCAGAUCUCGCCUCUUGAAACUCGGGUCCGGGAACUGGAGAAUGUUGUCGAAACCAAGGACGGAGAGAUGUCGCUUCUGCAGGGAGACCGGGACCGUUGGCAACAGCGUACCCAGAACAUCUUGCAAAAGUACGACCGUGUUGACCCUGCUGAGAUGGAGGGUUUGAAGGAGCAACUUGUGGCAUUGGAGAAGGAGCGUGACGAGGCCGUUACAGCACGCGACGAAGCUGUUACGGUGCGCGACACCCUGCAGGAACAGGCAACAUCAUUCCCCGAACAACUCAAGCAGGCCGAAGACAGAAUAACAGAGUUGCGAGCCAAACUUACAGAACAAUUCAAGGCUCGCUCGAAGGAACUGACUGGCCGAAUCCAUGCCAAGCAGGCGGAACUCAACACCGUGGUGGAGGAGAAGGAGACCAUCCAAGCAGAAUUGACGACUACGAGAAAUGAGCUGAACGAGCUCAAGUCUAAGAUUGGAGAGACACCUUCUGUCCCAACUACACAGACUGCACCAGCUGCCGGAGAAACCGCGCCAGCAGAACCGGCCGCUCCGGCACCUGAAGCAGGCGGCAACGUCAACUCGACACCCGCGUCCCAGUUCCCUACAUCCGCCACUCCAGUUGCUGUUGCCACAGAUGACGAAAGGGCAAAGGCUCUUGAGGAGAAGAUACAGCGUCUUGAGGCUGCCCUGGCUGAGAAGGAUGCUAUCAUAGCCUCGAAAGAUGCCGAGCACGAUGCCAAGCUUAAGGAACGUACGGAGAAGUUGAAGGAGAUGUACAACAACAAAUUGGCUGAAAUUAAGGCCGUGCACAAGCAGGAGGUGGAGAGGUUGACGGCUGCCGCUCAGCAGCAAACUCCUCAACAGGAACCUGGAACCCCAGGACCGAAGAUUGAGCAGCCUCCCUCGACGCCAUCGAAAACUGAAGGAGGAAUUCCGGACUUGACCGAUGCCCAAGCAAGAGAACUGGUUGCGAAGAACGAAACAAUCCGGACGAUCAUUCGGAACAACAUUCGGAAUAUGAUGGCCAAGGAGAAAGAGAAGAACCAGGGUGCGCAGCAACAGCAGCAGCAGCAGCCACAGCCAUCUGCUGAGCCCAACCAGGAGGCCAUCUCCGCCAUGGAGAAGAAGUUCAGCGACGAAAGAGACGCGCUCAAGAAGUCUCACGACGAGAACCUGGAGGAAAAGGUUAAGUCUGCAGUCGAGCUCGCGGACAAGAAGUCUCUGGCUCGGAUUAGCAUGCUUGAUACCCGGUUCCGUACUGCAAACGCCAAGAUCGAUGUCGUCCAGAAGGCAGCCAAUGAGACCCCUCAGAAGCCUGUCGUGGAAGUGUGGGAAGUGGCCAAGACGGCACGACCUGCUCCUGCUGCCCAAGUACAAGGAGCCAAGCCUUCUGUCGCAGCAUCUCCUGGACAGGCUGCGCAAGCGGCGCCUGCUGCUCAACCGGCGCCUUCGCCAGCGGCAGCUCAACAGCAACGACCGCCACAGCAGCAACAGCCGCAGGUUCAGCAACCUCAGCAGCCACCUCAAUCUCAGCAGCCGCAACAAGCUGCAUCUGUACCUGCACCUGCACCGACGCCCGCGCCCGCACCACCUGCGGAAGAGGGCCAGAUCCAAGAGGACGCACAACAACCUCAAAUUCAGCAACCACCGGCAGAUGCAACCGCCCCUCAAGCAGGAACCCUCCCGAACCCGUUUGGCCAGGUUCAAAACAAGCAACAGCAGAACUUGCCCAAUAAGCCACCACAAGGCAAUGCUGCUCCUGGCGUUCUUAGAGCUCUCCAGUCUGGUCUCCCUGUUGCCAGGGGCGGAGGCCGCGGCGGUGGACGUGGCGGCAGCCAACAGCAGCACGCGCAGCAAAACGAGCAGCAGCAGCAACAACCCCCCCAAGGACAGGGCCAGCGUGGUACUGGAAUUCCUCGUAACCGUGGUGGACGUGGCGGAGGCGCUGGUCGUGGCGGGAACCAAAAUGUGCAGAAUGCCAACGCUGCUCAGGGCGGACAAGCCAACCGGGGUAAUUUGAACGCCGGUGCUCGCCAGUUCGUUCCGCAGGGUAACAAGCGUGCCAGAGAAGAUGGAGCUGAUGCUGGUCAUGAAGGCGGAAAGAGAAUGAGAGGUGGUGGACAUGGGAAUCGGGGAUCUUGA